AAAGAACACGCGUUCUGAAUGUUUUACUGCACCGCUGGGGCUUGGAUGUGCUUUACCUGUUGUGUGAGUGGUGCGUAGUGCCUUUCUACCUGACGGGUGGACCGGAGCAACACCGUGAUACAUUAGCCUGCCACCUCACGUCACCACGGCCCGUCGUACCCGCUUCACCCUCUCAGCUCGGCUCGUCGCCGGCUUGUCUCUAAAUCCUGUCAGCACCGCAGAGUGACAAGGAUCCUACGGGGAGAGGUGUCCCGGUUACCGCAUCUCUCACCUCCGCCGUCGCCUGUUACCCUUGACCUGUGGAGUAUUGACCCGAGUUUGCUCCUCGCGCGCGCGUCACACUCCCCCACUCACUCCGCCCGGCGCGCGCCAGCACUGCAGUCGGAAUACCAGCCGCAGCCGCCACGCACGGUCGGAAUGCUCUUCGCGGAGGCCCCGGCCGACCCCUCUCCGGAUUCGCGGGAUUCUGGCAGCGGUUUUUCCACCACGGACUUUCCCGCGGACUCCUCCCAGGGACGAGAGGAAAGACAGGCGGGCUUCGGGUUCGGGCCCAGGCAGAGGCCGCAGGGAGAUCACAACUGCAGGUGCAAGACAGGGAUGGAACCGCACUUCCACUUCGAUGAUUACGAUGUUAUGGGGGUGAUAACUGUUGAUGUGGGGGACCCGGUGAGGAUAAAGCGCGGAGACGACACCACCCUCUACUGCCAAUACUGGGGCAUCCAGGUGGACCAGGCGGAAAUAGAAUGGCAUUUCCGGUCCAGUUCGUCCGUCACAGCUCCUAGGCAGCAGAUUUUCCAGUACCGAGCGGACGGGAACAUCGAGCACGCUUACGGGAACUUCGACGGGCGCGUAACCAGGGGCGACCGGGCCUCGCUCCAGAUCAGGAACAUCACCGAUACGGACGACGGCGUGUACGAGUGCGAGGUGGGCGCGGUCGGGCACCAGUCGGCUACCAAGAGCAUCCCGCUCACCGUCUUAGUGCCACCUUCCACUGUUGAAAUCACCGGCUGGGACUCCCAGUCUCCUUUGCGAGCGGGGGACCCCUUGCGGCUGUCGUGCACAACUACAGGCGGCAAGCCCGCGCCGCAGAUCACGUGGCUUAGAGGGAACACUGACGUCACACCGCAGGGGCCUUCACCCACGCCUUCCCCGGACUCCACACGGUGCAGAUUGCGUCAUUAUCUAAAGAUGACCACCAGGCGAGGUACACCUGCAGAAUCACGCACGAGACGCUGUCCGACCCGCUGGAGAAAACCAUGCCGCUCAGCGUACAGUAUGCCCCCAUCAUCACCAUCACCUCUGACCCGGUUGUGACGAAAGAAGGCGAGACCGCCAACCUCAUCUGCAACACGGACAGCAACCCGGGCAUCCGCAACUACCAGUGGCUUAAGGACGGCAGUACGGUACCGCGCGGUGACGGCCAGCGGCUGACGUUAGCCAACCUGCAGCGGAACGACCAGUCCGUGUACACCUGCCAGGCCAUCAACGACGUGGGCAGCGGCAGCGGAAACUUCACGCUGAACGUAGCCUACCCUCCCAGGAUCAACACCACGGCCAUCCAGGGCGAGAAGCUGACCAGGUUGGGGGAUCGGGUCAGCUACAAGUGCCAGGCGGACGGCAACCCCGCCCCCACCGUGUACUGGAGGGUCAAGGACACCAACGCCAGGUUCGGCACGAGUAACACCCUGACGUUCCCGUCCGUGAGGUACCAGGACGAGGGCAGGUACGAAUGCGUGGCCACCCAGCAGAGCUUCUCCUCUAACGACAAGAUAGAAACGUUUAUCAACGUCAAAGGACCUCCGUUCAUCGAGCAGGGCAGGGCGGCCGUGCGGGCCCAGGCGGGGUCCACAGCCAAGCUGGAGUGCGAGGUGUACGGCGAUCCGCAGCCGGACCUGGUCUGGGAGGGGCCCGACGGGAGGGUCCAGGUGUCGGACGGGAGGGAAAACCUGCAGUCAGAGUAUAAAAUAGAGCAACAGGUCAUAACGCCGGAAGCGAAGAUCAAAGGCGUCCUCACGAUCAACUCAGUGGAGGACAAACACUACACCACCUACACGUGCACCGCAACCAACAAGGAUGGGGACGCCUACAAGGAAAUAGAACUACAGAAAGAAGGAACAAAGCCCAAAAGCGGUGGGCGCAGCCAGGCGACCGGCCUGCAGAGCCCGCUGUCAAUCAUCGUGGCUGUGAUCGUGGUUGUCGUGGUGAUCGGACUCAUCAUCCUGGGCGUACUGGUCUGGUGGAGGAACAAGCGGAAAGUCAACAAGGAGAGCGCACCAAUCAACACGGCGGAAAAGGGCGUGAACGGAAAGGCGGCCAUCAGCAAACCGCCAAUGAUCAACGACGGGCCGACCGACCGGGAGAUACAACGCAUGACGCAUGCGCCGCCCCCUUACGACCACGAACCGAGAUACAGCGCGGGCUCGCUCAGCAGAUACGACAGAACUCUACAAGGCAGCCCUUACAGCCCCACCGGGAUAUACCAUGUUGGCGCUGACCUGUCGGACUCUGACGACUCCAGCUUUGUGUACGAGAAGGAGAAGGAGCCUAACCGUGUCAAAUCUGCCCAGAUCCGCCAUAGCGGAUACACGGACGACAAGUUCUUCGGGACGGACCUGGACGUGGACCUGUCAGCCCGCUCCGGAGGCUCGCGGAGACCGUACUACGGCACGUCUGACACCAGCUUCGUAUAACAUCCGCCCCCCUCCCCCAUCUACCCCCCCCCCUGCUACAGGCAGAACAGUUUUGUACGUAGGUCUGCUGUUGUCAUAUCUGCCGUGAUGCACAGCUGUCAAUCACAAAUAUCUCUCGACAUGUACGGCAUUUUAUUCUGUGGAGACACACUUAGCCGGCAUCUUUUCAGUAGUUUUUAUCACUUUGAGAUUCGAAUUCCUAUGUCCGAAACAACAGUGACAAUAUUGUACUGUACUUUCUCUACUGAAAAGAAUAGAUUGUGUACAUAGAUCUCCUCCCAUAGAAUUUAUAAUUUUCUCUACAAUUGUUUCUCUCCAUUCCAAACCACAUGACAGCUGCAUUCCGUUUCCAUGACUACACAUCAUUGAUUGACAGCUGUUCCUCACGACGCUGACAUCGGCAUAGUUGCUCUAUCCGUGGUA